GUCAGUUGUUUGUUUUUCAAAGGCUUUUCUUCUACUUCCUCCCACUGCUCAUUCUCCAACAAACCAUCAAAGCCGCCAGCGGGUCAUUAAUGCUUCAACUCUGCCCAUCAAUCUCCACAGACAGUAACGUACAACCAGUUGGUUCUUUUAUUGUUCCUUCUGUUUUGUUCUCUGGCCCUUAGCAGACCAGCAUUGAAUGUGCAGUGAAGACGGGUGAUAACUUAUUGCGGUGCUGAAUGUGGGUUUCUGUAUCGGUUAAUGGCGGAUCAGUUCUGUUACGUCUGUGGUGAUGUUGGUUAUGCUGAGCUGAUUGUAACCUGCACCAAGUGCAAAGUAGUUCACGAACAUCUUUAUUGCAUGCCCAAUAAAAGUCAUGAUGUCCCCAAAUACUGGCUUUGUGGUAAUUGUACGUUAGAGGAGGCCAAAAGUUCUGAUGAUUCAGGGUUGCAGGUUCAACCUAAAAUGCUAAGACAUGCAAAAACUAGUAAAGUGAAGUUCUUACCCACCGAAGAAGUAAUAAAGCUAUCAUCGGGAGGGAUGAAGGAACCUUCAAAGUUGAACACAGCUUUUGUACUGCGUAGAGCAUCCAAAUCCAGGAAAGUUUUUGAUAGCUCUAUGCCCCGGCCACUUUUCCAAGCAUCAAAAGAAUCUCAAGAACGAACUUCUGCUGUGAUGCCUCCAAGGAUAUGUGGUGUGAAGAAACAAGCAUUAGCUCCUUGUUUACCUCCAAUGCUAGUAGGCCCAGUACAAACUUCUAAAAAGGUGAAGGUUACAGAUACACCUGCUUGCACUUCUUCUGUGUCAAGGCAUGGUUUACCUAUCACAGAUACAGCCAAUAUUAACGACAACACAGGAAAAGAAGUUCCUUCACCUUCCACUAAGUUCAACAGAGGAAAAGAAGUUCCUUCACCUUCCACUAAUUUGGUGGAUAUGGGAAAACAAAAGAUGGAUGCUUUGAUAAUACAAGAAAUUCUUUCAUAUCGUGAUUAUCUCCCAUCAUUACAUGCCUCUUGGAAGGGAGGCUUCCAAUUUGUCGAUACACAUAUGGCGGGUGAAUUUUAUGAUGGUUUCCUGGCAAAGCCUCCAUGUGUGGUAUGUGGUAGAGUUUAUGAAUUGACGCGGAAGAUUCCUCCAAUUCUUCAAGUGAAGCUGCUUAGUCGUUCUGAUAUUUGGGGUGAUCUAUUUCACGAUGAAUGUCCGGAUCUUGCUGAUGUUGCCUUGUACUUCUUUCUGGGCAAUAAUGAAAGGUCCAGGACGAAUAACUCUUGCCUGUUUGAACUUAUGGAGAGAGAAGAUUUAUUGAUAAGAAGUCUUAUUGACGGUGGAGAGUUGAUUCUAUUUACAUGUAGACAGCUGGAUCUCCUCUCACAGUAUGUUGUUAACAUGUUAAAUGCUGAAUAUCUCCUUUUCGGAGUCUUCCGUGAAAUAGAAGACGACCAGUCUCCUUUUCCUAUAAUAGAAUAUGGUCCUGCAGUUUCUCCAGUUGAAUGUGAUUCCAGAGUUCCCCUGCUGGAAUUCACGCCCAACAGAGAUGGAAAGCACGAUGAAGACAAUGCUGUUAAAAGGGAAAUUGACAUCAAGGGUGGAAACACAGCUGAAAAGUCUCCUACUGCAAACGAUGUAGACUCUACCAUUCAGCGAUUACUAUUAGAAUUUGGGUCACAGAAAUCCAAGGAGUCCGAUGUCAAUGCAUUAAAUAUGAAUGCUCAAAUAAAAGAUCAGGAACCUUCUUCGAUCGCAACGACUAGCUCCUAUUCUCGUUCCCUGUCAAAAGUAAAGACUGAACCUUCAGUUAUUAAAGGGGAAGGAAAUGAUGGAAAAAAAUGUUUGCAAACGGAGCAUUGCUUGAGAGUGGCGCCAACAUUUAGCAUUGAUGGCUCUCAAAACAUGAGUGGUUUAACUGAACAAGAUGCUCCCAAGAGAGUUGCAGAGAAGUAUCUCCAAAUCUUUAAUGCAGGGAUUAAAAAGGAACGUUGGUAGUUCUGAUGUGAGUGAAGCAACUUGGCUGUUUAAGCCAUUCAAGGUUAGCUUUUCGAAUUGAACUUACCCUGUGUUGGUUCUUGUGUUGAAAAACGCAUUCAACAAAUCUGGUGGUACUCAUUUUUACCGUCCACCGAAAAUGGAGGUUUUGUGGCAUAUCUGUAUGUGCAGUGAAAACAACUUUGUAAAGGUUUUACUCCGAAUUUAACGUUGUUGCUUUGCUUGUGUACAGUUUUAUCACUGCUUCGAGGUUAUGAUUAUUAUUAGG